AAGCUGCUACUUCUCUCCGCUCCUAGGGUUCAAAUGUCUACACUCUCUCUCCACAACAACUCCUUGUUGAUAAUAAAUCCAAUAAAACUCUUCGAUUUUGAAUCUCUCCCCGGAGAAGAAGAUGAAGGCGUCAAUGAAGUUUCGAGAAGAGAAGAAGCCUCUCUUCAGAGCCAAGAUCCCUCUGAGCAUCAUAGGCCUCCCGUUUCAAUCCGGAAUCGUCGCCGGAGAAUCCAAGGAGCUCAGCCUCAACCUCUCCACCUUCUUCGAAUCAGGCCCUUCUCUCAAGAUCGCUUACCGCCCCAACGACUCAUACAACCCUUUCUCCCUCAUCGUCAAAACCGGAACCGGAUCCUUCGGCUCCCCGAUCUCGACCUCCAUGCUCAUGAGCGCCGAGUUCAACCUCCUCGGCCAAAGAAACCCUAGCUUCAUGAUCCACUUCAAACCCCAAUUCGGCGACUUCUCGAUCAAGAAAUCUCACUCCUCGUCUCGAUUCGACUCGAGUAGUCUCAACGGAUCUGUCUCGGAGGAGGAUUCGUCGAUCGAGAUUGUGGAUUCUCCGGCGAAGGUGACUCUUUUUCCGUCGGCGGCUUCGGCUGGAGAUAUCGCGGGGUUGUUGUCUGGCGUUGAGGUCGCGGCGAGGACGAGUUUGCCUGUGAGGGGACGCGCCGUCGUGAAUUUCAGGUGGGGGGUUAGGGUUCCGACGGAGAUUCGACGGGAGUUUGAUCCGACGGCUGUGGUUUCUCUGAGGAGGUUUCCGUUUCUGGUGAUGGAUAAGAUUGGGAUCGAACACGUGGAUGGUAAAGAGGUUGUUAAAGUUAAACCCGCGGGGGAUAAUGGUGGUGUUGAUUUGGGGAAGGUGUGUUUGUUUAUGGAGGAGCUUCGGUCGGAGAACAGGGAGUUGAAGAGAGCUGUCGAAGAUCUCAGGGGAGUGAUGGUGUCAAACGUUUCGCCAAUUGAUUACGGAUCGAAGCAUCGCGAAGCGGAGAGGAGCAAUAACAAAAGCAAGAGCAACAAUGGUAGAGCAAGAGGUGAUCGGUGGAGCAGCGAGAGGACGACGUCGGAUUGUGGCGGGAAGAAAAGCAAGGAAGAGGGUGACGUGGCGGAGGAGCUGAAGAAAGCUUUGAAAGGAGCUGCGUGAAAGCUUCUCGAUGGUAUUUGGAGACUUGAGAGUUUGUUAGAAUUGCACUUCAUUCGUCUGCUUAAUUUUAUCUAUGGCCUUUUGUAUAUAAUGCGUUAAGUUACUGCUGGAUUUUGGAAGAUUUUCAGAUCUUGUUUUGGAUAAUUCAAUGCAAUUGUAAGAGUUUUAGUAUGAGAUUAUGUUUAGAACUAGAUAUUGCUUGAUUUGAAUCAGUAUAAUAUGUUGGCAGUGAGCUA